GACAUUCGCUUUUUGUGGCGGGGACUUCCAGCCUGAGGCCGAAGGCGGAGGGUCCAACUUCACCUUUGCCCGCCCUUCCCCCGCUUUUUUGGGUCUCCUUUAGCUGGGACAGGGCGGGACCCUCCUCCGUAGUCCUUGGGGCGGAACUGGCCCCGUGGCCCGGCCCCACCUCCGCCCGCAGGCGGUCCCGGCCCACGCGGGAAGGUCCUCAAGCCCGGGCGGCCGGCGGGACCGGCGGAGACCCGUGGAGGCCGCGGACGAUGGCGGGGCCGACGGAGGCCGAGACGGGGCUGGCCGAGCACCGGGCCCUGUGCGCGCAGCGGGGCCACCGCACCUACGCGCGCCGCUGGGUGUUCCUGCUCGCGGUCAGCCUGCUCAACUGCUCCAACGCCACGCUAUGGCUCAGCUUCGCACCUGUGGCUGACAUCAUUGCUGUGGAGUUCGUCCUGUCCAUGGAGCAGAUCAACUGGCUGUCAUUGGUCUACCUCGUGGUAUCCACCCCGUUUGGCGUGGCGGCCACCUGGGUCCUGGACUCCGUCGGGCUCCGUGCGGCAACCAUCCUGGGCGCGUGGCUGAACUUUGCCGGGAGUGUGCUACGCAUCGUGCCCUGCAUGGUUGUUGGGACCCAAAACCCAUUUGCCUUCCUCAUGGGCGGCCAGAGCCUCUGUGCCCUUGCCCAGACCCUGGUCUUCUCCUCUCCGGCCAAGCUGGCUGCCUUGUGGUUCCCAGAGCACCAGCGAGCCACGGCCAACAUGCUCGCCACCAUGUCGAACCCCCUGGGCGUCCUUGCGGCCAACAUGCUGUCCCCUGCGCUGGUCAAGAAGGGCGAGGACAUUCCGUUAAUGCUCGGUGUCUACGCCAUCCCUGCUGGCGUCGUCUGCCUGCUGUCCACCAUCUGCCUCUGGGAGAGCGUGCCCCCCACCCCGCCCUCUGCCGGGGCCGCCAGCUCCACCUCAGAGAAGUUCCUGGAUGGGCUCAAGCUGCUCGUGCGGAACAAGGCCUACGUCAUCCUGGCCGUGUGCUUGGGGGGAAGCAUCGGGAUCUUCACCAGCUUCUCAGCCCUCCUGGAGCAGAUUCUCUGCGCAAGCGGCUACUCCAGUGGGUUUUCCGGCCUCUGUGGAGCUCUCUUCAUCAUGUUUGGGAUCCUGGGGGCGCUGGCUCUCGGCCCCUAUGUGGACCGGACCAAGCACUUCACUGAGGCCACCAAGAUCGGCCUGUGCCUGACCUCUCUGGCCUGCGUGGCCUUUGCCCUGGUGUCCCAGCUGCAGGGACAGACCCUUGCCCUGGCCACCACCUGCUCGCUGCUCGGGCUGUUUGGCUUCUCGGUGGCCCCCGUGGCCAUGGAGUUGGCGGUCGAGUGUUCCUUCCCCGUGGGGGAGGGGGCUGCCAUAGGCCUGAUCUUUGUGCUGGGGCAGGCGGAGGGAAUACUCAUCAUGCUGGUGAUGACGGCACUGACUGUGCCACGCUCGGAGCCGUCCUUCUCUACCUGCCAGCAGGGGGAGGAUCCACUUGACUGGACAGUGUCUCUGCUGCUGAUGGCCGGCCUGUGCACCCUCUUCAGCUGCAUCCUGGCGCUCUUCUUCCACACCCCAUACCGGCGCCUGCAGGCCGAGUCUGGGGAGCCCCCCUUCACCCAGAACGCCGUGGGCGGCGCAGACUCAGGGCCAGGUGUGGACCGAGGGGGAGCGGCAAGGGCUGGGGUCCUGUGGCCCAGCACGGCGACUCCGGAGUGCACGGUGGAGAGGGCCUUGCUAGAGGAACCCAGAGGGCCCCGGAGCCCCCACCCAGCCUGACACCGAGCGACUCCCCGCGCGCAAGGCCCAGCAGCCACCGACGCGCCCUCCCGCCCCGGCAGACUCGCAGGCAGGGUCCGACCGUCCAGGUUUAUUGACCGGGCCGGGCCUCACUCCUCCUUCUCCUCCCCGUGGGUGAUCACGUAGCUGAGCGCCUUGUAGUCCAGGUUGCCCGCUGCGUCGAUGGAGGCGAACUGGAACAUCUGGUCCACCUGCGGGCGGGGGCGAAAGGGCUCCCUGCGGGCUCCGGGAGCGAAUUACAAGCGCGCACCUGCA